CCAAGAAAAAUAAGUACAUUUGCUAUAGUACUUGGAGUAGCUUUGGGAACAUGUACAAUCAUCUUGGCUGCCAUUGCGUACAAAUUGUAUAGAUUCAAGGGAAAACGAAAAGGGACAAAUACAAAAUUUCCAAAUAUAUAUGAUAUGGAUAAAGUCAGGGAGACUUCUUCAUCUUCUCUACAAACAAAUUUCUUCAGAGAUGGCUUACAACAUGUAGAAGAUCGAAAACUCCAAUUUUCUCAUGUACAACAUGGAGAAGACCAAGAACUCCAAUUAUUUGACUUUGAUAGUGUCAAAAUGGCUACCGACAACUUCUCAUUUUGCAACAAAAUAGGAGAAGGAGGUUUUGGAAUUGUUUAUAAGGGGAAUCUAUCAACGGGACAAGCUAUAGCAGUCAAAAGACUUUCAAGGACUUCAGGACAAGGAAUGAUAGAGUUCAAGAAUGAAAUUAUGUUAAUUUCUAAACUUCAACACAGAAACCUUGUCAAACUUGUUGGUGUUUGCAUUGAAGGAGAAGAAAAGCUUUUGCUUUAUGAGUACUUGAGCAAUAAAAGCUUGGAUAAAAUCCUAUUUGACCCAUCAAAACAAGCAGAAUUGGAUUGGACUAAGCGCUUUAGGAUUAUCGAGGGAGUUGCCUGUGGACUACUUUAUCUUCAUCGUGAUUCUCGGUUAAAAGUCAUUCAUCGAGAUUUGAAGGCAAGCAACAUUCUCUUAGAUGAACACAUGAAUCCAAAAAUUUCAGAUUUUGGCAUGGCAAGGAUCUUCGGCGGGAAGCAGGAUCUAGCAAACACUAACCGAGUAGUUGGAACAUAUGGCUACAUGGCACCAGAGUAUGCCUUGGAAGGGGUAUUUUCUGAAAAAUCAGAUGUCUUCAGCUUUGGUAUCUUGUUACUAGAGAUUGUGAGUGGUGUAAAAAUUAAAAGCCUUUUUCAUGAUGAACAACAUCUAGGCCUACUGAGUUAUGCAUGGCAAUUAUGGAGUGAAGGCAAGGUAAUGCAAUUGAUUGAUCAAAGAGUAAUUAAUAGUUGUAAUCAACUUGAAGCAAUGAGAUGCAUCCAUAUAGGGCUCCUAUGUGUGCAAGAUUAUGCGGUUGAUAGGCCAACUAUGUAUAAAGUAGUUUCCAUGCUUAGUACUGAAACACCUCUUAAUCCUCCAAAAAUGCCAUUAUACAUUCGUGAUGUGACUCACAUUAAUUUGAGUUCAUAUGGAAGUGAUAUAAACUCUACAAAUGAAUGUACGAUAACAGCCAUUGAGAGCCGAUAAGUAGCAUAGUUUCUUAUGUUGUAUGUGCCCUUUUAUUUUGUUUGGGAUGUAUACUAAAACAUGUGUCUCGGUUUGUAUAAAUAUAUCCUUUCUUUCUUCUCUUGACA